AUGCUGGAGACACAAACAGAGCUGCUGGGGCGCAUCGCCCGUACCGAGGAGAACCUGAAAAGAUUGGGAACGUCAAGGCUCACAAAAGGUACAGUGGAAUCUCGCCUUCAAACCCUUGAGUCGAACUGGUCGAAGUUCCAAAAGAACCACGACAUAAUUCGCGCCAAGUUCCGACAAACCCUUGCGGAACAUGAGUACUUCCGAUCCAAUCGCCUCGCUGCCGCCGAAGAUAUGGUCGUCGAGCAGCGCGGAGUCCUCCUGGACAUGCUCGAGUCUCUCCGUACACGUGGGGACGAUCGGUCGGGCCACCCCUCCGCCGUACCGUCGGACGGCGGGUCCCGGCGGAAGCCUCCGCACAUCGAGCUACCGCAUUUCUCCGGUCACAUCGAAGAUUGGCCGGCCUUCCGAGACCUGUUCGGCUCCAUACUGGCUCAGCAUCCGGCAUUGACCGACGUGGAACGCCUGCAUUACCUAAAAACCAGAGUGCAGGGUGAAGCGGAGGAACGUAUCCGAAAUUUGCCUACCAUCGGUCCGAACUUCCAGCGAGCGUGGGCUAUCCUCGAGGAACGAUACGAAAACAAGCGCGUCCUAGUGCGCUCGUGCCUUUCCGCCUUCACCGCGACCCCGAAGAUAAAGGGCGAGUCCGUGGCAGACUUAAAGCGCCUGGUCCACUGCAUGCUGCGAACCGCGGGAAAUUUGGAGAGCAUCGGCCGGAAAACCGCGUACGACAACGACUUCUUCGUGCACACUGUAAUCGAGAUGCUGGAUGCUAGGUCCCGCCGAGAGUGGGAGGAUGACGCGAGCAAUUCCCGGGAACCACCGACAUACGAGGACCUCCGCGAGUUCCUCGAGCGCCGCCUGCGAACGGUGGAAGCGCUCAGUUCCGCGAGGGGCGAGGCUGGAGCCACGACACCCGCCAAGCCGACGACCGGGUCCUCUCGAGCGGUUCGCUCGAACCUGGCGCAGAACCAACAAAGGAAGGGCCGCUGUCCUGCGUGCCAGAAGGACCAUUACGUCUUGCAGUGCAGCGACUUCCAGAAGAAGACGCCCGUCCAGAGGAAAGAGUUUGUGGAGGGCCACCAGUUGUGCAUCAACUGUCUGGGUCGGCACCCCUUGUCGGAGUGCCAGUCGAAGAAGUCAUGCUUGGCGUGCAGCGCGCGACACCACACUACCAUCCACGACGCAUACUCCAAGGCCAGCCCUCCGGGUGACACCACCGCGUCGUCUCACCACGUACAACAACAUGAGGAGAGAGCAGCUGCAGUCUUGCUGGCCACAGCCCGUGUCAGGGUGACCGACAGGUACGGCGAUCAACACGCUGCCCGCGCGCUGAUCGACCCUGGGUCCGAGCUCUCACUCAUCAGCGAGACCCUCUCGCAAAGGCUACGUCUCCCACGCCUGCCAGCCUCGGUCUCCGUAUACGGUGUUGGCGGUCAGCGGACCGGAGCCACCCGCGGACGCGUCAGCCUGGAAAUGAGCUCAUCCACUUCUACCUUUACUUUGCGCGUCUCGGCCCUCGUUCUUCCGCGUAUCUCGGCGUAUGGAACUCGCGUCGCGGCGACCCCGGAUGACUGGCCCCAUCUUCGCGACUUGAGUCUAGCCGACCCCGACUUCCGCGCUGGCGAUCCAAUCGACAUCCUCCUGGGCGCCGACGUAUACUCCACCAUUAUCGAGGACGGUCUGCGCAAGGGCGGCCCCCAAGCUCCGAUUGCCCAGCGUACCGCCCUGGGCUGGAUCCUUUCCGGUGUGGUCGACGCCUCCGCGCUCGUCGCUACCGUGUCGGUUCACCAGUGCCACUUGGGCGACGCUGACCUUACCGAGCUCGUGCGGCAAUUUUGGCAUCAGGAGGAGCCUCCCGGUGGGCUGCCACUUCUCACGGCGGAGGAGCAGCAGUGCGAGGACUUUUACGCCACCUCUCACACCCGCCAGCCUGACGGUCGGUACAUGGUGCGCCUCCCGGUGGCCCCCGAGUUGCCCCCGCUGAGCGGGACCCGUCGCGCCGCCGAGCGCCUGAUCCGCUGCAUGGAGGGCCGCUUCCGGAGCGACCCCGAACUGCGCCAACUCUACCACACCUUCAUGGGUGAAUAUGAGCAGUUGAGCCAUAUGGUGGCGUGCCCGCCACUGGACGACGCGUCGAGGAGACUCUGCUACCUGCCUCACCACGGUGUCCUCAAGGGGAUCCCGACUGCGAGGAGGAUUCGAGUGGUCUUCAAUGGCUCCUCCCGCUUGCCGACAGGCGACUCCCUUAACGCCUACCUCUCCGUUGGUCCGAACCUCCUGCCGGCACUGGCCGACGUGCUAUUGAGAUGGCGCCAGUUCCGGUUUGUGCUGGCUGCCGAUGUGGAGAAAAUGUACCGCCAGAUCCUGGUGCAUCCUGAGGACCGAGACCUGCAAAGGAUUUUAUGGCGAUCAGGCGCCUCCCGGGAUGUGCAAGAAUAUCAACUGUGCACCGUUACUUACGGUCUGGCGUGCGCGCCCUUUCUCGCCAUCCGGACGCUCCGACAGUUGGCCACCGACGAGGAGACGCGCUUCCCGCACGCCGCUGUCGCGCUUCGGCGCGACACUUACAUGGACGACAUCAUGACGGGAGCGGACACUCUUGCCGAGGCGCAAUCCUUGAGAGACGAGCUGGUGGGACUCUGCAGCGCCGGGGGUUUCCCCCUCCGCAAGUGGGCGGCUAACUCUGAAAAGGUCUUGCUGGGCGUUCCCCCCGACCAUCGCCAAAUUAAGGACCUCCGCGCCUGGGAAGCCGACGCUGACCAUUCGGCCUUGGGGCUGUUGUGGCAUCCGCGACGGGACUAUUUCAGCUUCCGGGUUCAACCUUUGGCAACGGAGCUCGUGACCAAGCGCUCCGUGCUAUCGCAGACUGCCCGGCUGUUCGACCCCAUGGGAUGGCUGGCGCCAGUGGUAAUCGCGGCCAAGAUCAUCAUCCAGACGCUGUGGCUGCAACACCUCGAGUGGGACCAACCGGUGGCGCCGACGGAGGAGCGGUCGUGGCGGCUCAUCCUGGAGGAGUUGCCCCUGCUGGAGCAGCUGCGCGUGCCGCGUUGGCUGUCCACCGUCCGUGCCGGCGCAGACCUGGAGAUCCACGGUUUCGCCGACGCCUCGGAGAGAGCCUACGCUGCGGCGGUGUAUCUUCGAACGCCGCUCGCGGCGGGCGGUCGGCGCGUUCUUUUGUUGCAGGCUAAAACCAAGGUGGCCCCCGUGCAGCCGGUGUCACUCCCCCGUCUCGAGCUGUGCGCGGCGACGCUCCUGGCCAAGCUGACGGCGCACGUGACGGAAGUCAUGGGACUUCACGGCGCCCCACUCUAUCUGUGGUCCGAUUCCACGGUGACUUUGGCCUGGAUCCAGGGACACCCCUCCCGGUGGAAGACCUUCGUCGCCAACCGCGUAGCCGAGAUCCAGAUUAACCAGCCGCCGGUGGUGGAGUCGCCGCCGGAGGAAAGGACCAGGACCCACCUGACGACCGCCUCGACCGAGGAGCCUGAGAUACUGCGCGCCUUCUCCCGACUGUCGCGACUGCUGCGGGUGACCGCGUGGUGCGCUCGCUGGCUGGUCGCAUGCCGCAAGCGACCUCCUGCGCCCACUGCCGGGCUCGCCCCGUUGGAGCUUGAGGAGGCGCAACAGCGUUGGAUCCGGGUCGUGCAGGCGGUCUGGUUCUCCGAGGAACGGCGUGCCCUGAUCAGGGGAGCGGGGGUGCCGAACCGCAGCGCUCUCGCCCAACUGAGCCCCUUUGUGGACGACCAGGGCAUCAUUAGGGUUGGCGGGCGGCUCAAACAUGCCAUCUUGAGCCCGGACGAGCGUCACCCGGUGAUCCUACCUAGAGGGUCGCACCUAACUGCUCUCGUCAUUCGCGCCUACCACCUGGAGACCAUGCACGGCGGGAUCCAGCUCACCCUGGGCCUGGUUCGGCAACGUUUCUGGAUCCCUGGAGGCCGACAGGAGAUCAGGCGCCACAUCCACCGUUGCGUGACUUGCGUGCGAUGGCGGGCGGCUUCACCGCACCCCUUGAUGGGGCAGCUCCCCCCUUCGCGCGUCACCGUCUCUCGACCGUUCACGCAUACGGGGGUGGACUACGCGGGACCCAUCCUGGUCCGCACUGCGCCGGGCCGUGGACACAAAGCUCACAAGGCCUUUAUGGCUAUCUUUGUGUGCUUUUCCUCGCGAGCCGUGCAUCUUGAGCUGGUCUCGGAUUACUCCACCGAGGCCUUCUUGGCGGCCUUCUACCGCUUCGUUUCUCGUAGAGGGUUGUGCCGAACCUUGCACAGCGAUCGAGGCACCAAUUUUGUAGGAGCCGACGCCCAGCUGCGAGCCUUAUUCAGAGCCGCCGUCACGGAAAACCCGAGCCUCGUGGACGCCCUGGCAACCAAGGGCGUGGAGUGGAAGUUCAACCCCCCUGCUGCUCCUCACUUUGGGGGCCUGUGGGAGGCCGCCGUAAAAUCGGUUAAGCAUCACCUCAGACGCGUUAUAGGAGAAGCUACGCUUACCUUCGAAGAGCUGAGCACUGUCCUGUCCCAGAUUGAAGCCUGUCUAAACUCUCGCCCGUUACAGGCACUCCGCGAUGAUCCUGAGGACUUGGAGGCCUUGACUCCUGGCCAUAUCUUAACGGGAGCCGCGCUCAAGGUUGUGCCGGCGCCCUCACUGGCCUCGGAGCCGUCCAAUCGUCUCACCCGAUGGCGAUGCCUACAAAAAAUGCGAGACGAUUUCUGGCGCAGAUGGUCGGCCGAAUACUUACACGCGCUCGCCGUGCGACCCAAGUGGUGCCGGCCGGAGCCAAAUCCUCUCGUGGGCGAUCUGUGUCUGCUCCGAGGAGAGGCCCUCCCACCAUGCCGAUGGCCGUUGGCACGCAUCGUCGGGGUCCAUCCGGGUGACGACGGGAUGGUGAGGGUGGUCACAGUGCGUACGGCCACCACAACACUCAAGCGACCGGUGGUCAAGAUCGUGCCGUUGCCGCGUCACGAUUGCGACGUCGUACAACAGGAUGAGGAUACCGCGAGUCAGCCCGGACCUUCGACCGAGUAG